CUGUCUUAAAAGAGCCGGUAACAGAACUUAGUAAAAUUGUAUUGAUCUCAGAGGCCUAUGCAAAAAUUGCCAAAAAUUCUGUAGCUGUCAAAAGUUAGACGAAGGCAAAUAAUUCAGUUGCAUAAGUUCAGUGAGCAGAGCAACCUGAAAAUAUUCGUGUACUUAAAAAUGAGUUUCCAGCAGGAAAAUCGAAGCGAAAUGAAGAGUUACCAUCAAGCCUUUAACGCGUUCUUAAGUAACGAAGGGGAAAGAAGGAGGAAUGAAGACCUCUUGGAGGCGCAACCGCAGAGUUCUCCAAACAAUGACCCCCAGAUGGGGGGCACUGCUGCGCAACAGGCCUCUGUGGCUCCUUCGCCACCCAGAGCUGCUCCGAAUCAGGAACAGACGAACAUUGAGGCUCCUUUUAUAACCAGACCUGAUCUGAACCGGGCACAUCUGGUCUUCCGAGCUCCUUCCGCAACCAGAGCUGUUCCGAACCGGGCGCAGGUGGGCUUUCAGGCUCCUUCUUCAUCCAGGAUUGAUCUGAAUCGGGAGCAGAUGGACUUUGAUGGCCCUUCUACAUCCAGAGUUGCUCUGAAUCGGAUACCGCUGGAAUUUGAGGUUCCUUCCAAUUCCGGAGCUGCUCAGAAUCGGACACCGCUGGAGUUUGAGGAGACUUCCAGAGCCAGAGCUGCUCUGAAUCGGACACACCUGGAAUUUGAGGUUCCUUCCACAUAUAGAGCUGGUCUAAGCCAGCAACAGCAGGACUUUCAGGGUCCUUCCACAUCCAGAGCUGCCCUGAAUCGGGCACACCUGGAAUCUGAGAAUCCUUCAACAUCCGGAGCUGAUCUGAAUCGGGCACAGCUGGACUUCAAACCUCCUUUCACUUCAAGAGCAGUUCCGAAUCGGGCACAGCUUGAGUUUGAGGUUCCUUCCUCAUUCAAAUGGGAUCUGAUUCGGAUAAAACUAGAAUAUGCUCCUUUCUCAUCCGGAGCUGAUCAGAAUCGUGCACAGCUGGAGUUUGAGCCUCCUUUCAUAACCAGAGCGGCUCUGAAUGGUGCACAACUGGAAUUUGAGGCGCCUUCCACAACGAGAGCUGAUCUAAAUAGGUCACAGCAGGGCUUUCAGGCUCCUAACACACCCAGAGCAGCUGUGAACCGGCCACAGAUAGAAUUUGUGGCGCCUUCUACGUCCAGAGCUGAUCUGAAUCGGGUAAAACAGGAAUUCGAGGCUCCUUCUUCCUCCAGAGCUGAUAUGAAUCGGGAACGGAUGGACUUUGCUGGCCCUACCACAUCCAGAGCUGGAAUAAAUUGGACAGCGGUGGAAUUUGAGGAUCGUUCAACAUCCAGAGCUGAUAUGUAUCGGGAACAGAUGGAGUUUGAUGGCUCUUCCACAUCCAGGGCUAACCUUAAUCGAACACCGCUGGAAUUUCAGGCUCGUUCCACAUCCAGAGCUGAUAUGAACCGGGAAUAUAGAGACUUUGAUGGCCCUUCCACAUCCAGAGCUGCUCUGGAUCGGACACCGCUGGAAUUUGAAGUUCGUUCCACAUCCCGAGUUGAUCUGAAUCGGGAAGAGAUGGAGUUUGAUGGCUCUUCCACAUUCAGAGCUGCUCUAAAUCGGACACCGCUAAAUAUUGAGGCUCGUUCCACAUCCAGAGCUGAUUUGAACCGGAAACAGAUGGAGUUUGAUGGCCCUUCCACAUCCAGGGCUGCUCUAAAUCGGACACCGCUGGAAUGUGAGGCUCGUUGCACAUCCAGAGCUGAUAUGUAUCGGGAACAGAUGGAGUUUGAUGGCCCAUCCACCACUAGAGCUGAUCUGAAUCGGGAACAUAUGGAGUUUGAUGGCCCUUCCACAUCCAGAGCUGCUCUAAAUCGGACACCGCUGGAAUGUGACGCUCGUUCCACAUCCAGAGCUGAUAUGUAUCGGGAUCAAAUGGAGUUUGAUGGCUCUUCCACAUCCAGAGCUGAUAUUAAUCAGGAACAGAUAGACUUUGAUGGCCCUUCCACAUCAAGAGCUUUUAGUCGAACACCGCUGGAAUUUAAGGCUCGUUCCACAUCCAGAGCUGAUCUGAAUCGGGAACCGAUGGAGUUUGAUGGCCCUUCCACAUCCAGAGCUGCUCUAAAUCGGACACCGCUGGAAUGUGACGCUCGUUCCACAUCCAAAACUGAUAUGUAUCGGGAACAAAUGGAGUUUGAUGGCUCUUCCACAUCCAGAGCUGAUAUUAAUCAGGAACAGAUAGACUUUGAUGGCCCUUCCACAUCAAGAGCUUUUAGUCGAACACCGCUGGAAUUUGAGGCUCGUUCCACAUCCAGAGCUGAUCUGAAUCGGGAACCGAUGGAGUUUGAUGGCCCUUCCACAUCCAGAGCUGCUCUAAAUCGGACACCGCUGGAAUGUGACGCUCGUUCCACAUCCAGAGCUGAUAUGUAUCGGGAACAAAUGGAGUUUGAUGGCUCUUCCACAUCCAGAGCUGAUAUUAAUCAGGAACAGAUAGACUUUGAUGGCCCUUCCACAUCAAGAGCUUUUAGUCGAACACCGCUGGAAUUUGAGGCUCGUUCCACAUCCAGAGCUGAUCUGAAUCGGGAACCGAUGGAGUUUGAUGGCCCUUCCACAUCCAGGGCUGCUCUGAAUCGGACACCGCUGGAAUGUGAGGCUCGUUCCACAUCCAGAGCUGAUAUGUAUCGGGAACAGGUGGAGUUUGAUGGCCCAUCCACCACUAGAGCUGAUCUGAAUCGGGAACAUAUGGAGUUUGAUGGCCCUUCCACAUCCAGAGCUGCUCUAAAUCGGACACCGCUGGAAUGUGACCCUCGUUCCACAUCCAAAACUGAUAUGUAUCGGGAACAAAUGGAGUUUGAUGGCUCUUCCACAUCCAGAGCUGAUAUUAAUCAGGAACAGAUAGACUUUGAUGGCCCUUCCACAUCAAGAGCUUUUAGUCGAACACCGCUGGAAUUUGAGGCUCGUUCCACAUCCAGAGCUGAUCUGAAUCGGGAACCGAUGGAGUUUGAUGGCCCUUCCACAUCCAGAGCUGCUCUAAAUCGGACACCGCUGGAAUGUGACGCUCGUUCCACAUCCAAAACUGAUAUGUAUCGGGAACAAAUGGAGUUUGAUGGCUCUUCCACAUCCAGAGCUGAUAUUAAUCAGGAACAGAUAGACUUUGAUGGCCCUUCCACAUCAAGAGCUUUUAGUCGAACACCGCUGGAAUUUGAGGCUCGUUCCACAUCCAGAGCUGAUCUGAAUCGGGAACCGAUGGAGUUUGAUGGCCCUUCCACAUCCAGAGCUGCUCUAAAUCGGACACCGCUGGAAUGUGACACUCGUUCCACAUCCAAAACUGAUAUGUAUCGGGAACAAAUGGAGUUUGAUGGCUCUUCCACAUCCAGAGCUGAUAUUAAUCAGGAACAGAUAGACUUUGAUGGCCCUUCCACAUCAAGAGCUUUUAGUCGAACACCGCUGGAAUUUGAGGCUCGUUCCACAUCCAGAGCUGCUCUGGAUCGGACACCGCUGGAAUUUGAAGUUCGUUCCACAUCCCGAGUUGAUCUGAAUCGGGAAGAGAUGGAGUUUGAUGGCCCUUCCACAUUCAGAGCUGCUCUAAAUUGGACACCGCUAAAUUUUGAGGCUCGUUCCACAUCCAGAGCUGAUUUGAACCGGAAACAGAUGGAGUUUGAUGGCCCUUCCACAUCCAGAGCUGCUCUAAAUCGGACACCGCUGGAAUGUGAGGCUCGUUCCACAUCCAGAGCUGAUAUGUAUCGGGAACAGGUGGAGUUUGAUGGCCCAUCCACCACUAGAGCUGAUCUGAAUCGGGAACAUAUGGAGUUUGAUGGCCCUUCCACAUCCAGAGCUGCUCUAAAUCGGACACCGCUGGAAUGUGACGCUCGUUCCACAUCCAAAACUGAUAUGUAUCGGGAACAAAUGGAGUUUGAUGGCUCUUCCACAUCCAGAGCUGAUAUUAAUCAGGAACAGAUAGACUUUGAUGGCCCUUCCACAUCAAGAGCUUUUAGUCGAACACCGCUGGAAUUUGAGGCUCGUUCCACAUCCAGAGCUGAUCUGAAUCGGGAACCGAUGGAGUUUGAUGGCCCUUCCACAUCCAGAGCUGCUCUAAAUCGGACACCGCUGGAAUGUGACGCUCGUUCCACAUCCAGAGCUGAUAUGUAUCGGGAACAAAUGGAGUUUGAUGGCUCUUCCACAUCCAGAGCUGAUAUUAAUCAGGAACAGAUAGACUUUGAUGGCCCUUCCACAUCAAGAGCUUUUAGUCGAACACCGCUGGAAUUUGAGGCUCGUUCCACAUCCAGAGCUGAUCUGAAUCGGGAACCGAUGGAGUUUGAUGGCCCUUCCACAUCCAGAGCUGCUCUAAAUCGGACACCGCUGGAAUGUGACACUCGUUCCACAUCCAAAACUGAUAUGUAUCGGGAACAAAUGGAGUUUGAUGGCUCUUCCACAUCCAGAGCUGAUAUUAAUCAGGAACAGAUAGACUUUGAUGGCCCUUCCACAUCAAGAGCUUUUAGUCGAACACCGCUGGAAUUUGAGGCUCGUUCCACAUCCAGAGCUGCUCUGGAUCGGACACCGCUGGAAUUUGAAGUUCGUUCCACAUCCCGAGUUGAUCUGAAUCGGGAAGAGAUGGAGUUUGAUGGCCCUUCCACAUUCAGAGCUGCUCUAAAUUGGACACCGCUAAAUUUUGAGGCUCGUUCCACAUCCAGAGCUGAUUUGAACCGGAAACAGAUGGAGUUUGAUGGCCCUUCCACAUCCAGAGCUGCUCUAAAUCGGACACCGCUGGAAUGUGAGGCUCGUUCCACAUCCAGAGCUGAUAUGUAUCGGGAACAGGUGGAGUUUGAUGGCCCAUCCACCACUAGAGCUGAUCUGAAUCGGGAACAUAUGGAGUUUGAUGGCCCUUCCACAUCCAGAGCUGCUCUAAAUCGGACACCGCUGGAAUGUGACGCUCGUUCCACAUCCAAAACUGAUAUGUAUCGGGAACAAAUGGAGUUUGAUGGCUCUUCCACAUCCAGAGCUGAUAUUAAUCAGGAACAGAUAGACUUUGAUGGCCCUUCCACAUCAAGAGCUUUUAGUCGAACACCGCUGGAAUUUGAGGCUCGUUCCACAUCCAGAGCUGAUCUGAAUCGGGAACCGAUGGAGUUUGAUGGCCCUUCCACAUCCAGAGCUGCUCUAAAUCGGACACCGCUGGAAUGUGACGCUCGUUCCACAUCCAGAGCUGAUAUGUAUCGGGAACAAAUGGAGUUUGAUGGCUCUUCCACAUCCAGAGCUGAUAUUAAUCAGGAACAGAUAGACUUUGAUGGCCCUUCCACAUCAAGAGCUUUUAGUCGAACACCGCUGGAAUUUGAGGCUCGUUCCACAUCCAGAGCUGAUCUGAAUCGGGAACCGAUGGAGUUUGAUGGCCCUUCCACAUCCAGGGCUGCUCUGAAUCGGACACCGCUGGAAUGUGAGGCUCGUUCCACAUCCAGAGCUGAUAUGUAUCGGGAACAGGUGGAGUUUGAUGGCCCAUCCACCACUAGAGCUGAUCUGAAUCGGGAACAUAUGGAGUUUGAUGGCCCUUCCACAUCCAGAGCUGCUCUAAAUCGGACACCGCUGGAAUGUGACCCUCGUUCCACAUCCAAAACUGAUAUGUAUCGGGAACAAAUGGAGUUUGAUGGCUCUUCCACAUCCAGAGCUGAUAUUAAUCAGGAACAGAUAGACUUUGAUGGCCCUUCCACAUCAAGAGCUUUUAGUCGAACACCGCUGGAAUUUGAGGCUCGUUCCACAUCCAGAGCUGAUCUGAAUCGGGAACCGAUGGAGUUUGAUGGCCCUUCCACAUCCAGAGCUGCUCUAAAUCGGACACCGCUGGAAUGUGACGCUCGUUCCACAUCCAGAGCUGAUAUGUAUCGGGAACAAAUGGAGUUUGAUGGCUCUUCCACAUCCAGAGCUGAUAUUAAUCAGGAACAGAUAGACUUUGAUGGCCCUUCCACAUCAAGAGCUUUUAGUCGAACACCGCUGGAAUUUGAGGCUCGUUCCACAUCCAGAGCUGAUCUGAAUCGGGAACCGAUGGAGUUUGAUGGCCCUUCCACAUCCAGAGCUAGUCUGAAUCAAGCACCGCUGGAAUUUGAGGCUCGUUCAACAUCCAGGGCUGAUGUGAAUCAGGAACAGAUGGACUUUUAUGGCCCUUCCACAUCCAGAGCUAAUCUUAAUCGAACACCGCUGGAAUUUCAGUCUAGUUCCACAUCAAGAGCUGAUAUGAAUGGGGAACAGAGAGACUUUGAUGGCCCUUCCACAUUCAGAGCUGCUCUAAACCGGACACCGAUGGAAUUUGAGGCUCGUUCCACAUCCAGAGUUGAUCUGAAUCGGGAACAGGUGAAUUUUGAUGACCCUUCCACAUCCAGAGCUGAUAUAAAUCGGGAACAGAGAGACUUUGAUGGCCCUUCCACAUCAAGAGCUGCUCUGAGUCGAUUACCGCUGGAAUUUGAGGCUCGUUCAACAUCCAGGGCUGAUCUGAAUCGGGAACAGAUGAACUUUGAUGGCCCUUCCACAUCCAGAGCUGGAAUAAAUCGGGAGCAGAUGGUCUUUGAGGCUCCUUCCGCAUCCAAAACUGAUCCGAAUCGGCAACAACUGGAGUUUGAGGCCCUUUCCACAUCCAAAGAUAUUCUAAAUCAGGAAAGACUAAUAAUGGGACCGUCGGUUGGAGAUAUGGACUCGGUGCUGAUUGAGUUCAUUACGGAGCAUGCCAACUACAUCAAUGUCUUCGCCGAAGCCCGCACCUGCUUUCAGGAAGAGACGAUUGUGGAUUUUGAUUUCGAUUGGAGCACAAUUGGAUUUAAUGACCAGCCAAAGGUCGUGGCCCAGCCCCAGCUGCUCCAGCCCCAAGUGGAAAAUUUGAUUCAGCCAGCAAAUGUGAUACAGCCGGAAAUUGUGACCCAGCCGGUAAGUGAGGUCCAGGCGGAAGAUGUGAUCCAACCUGAGGAAAUAGUUGAGCAACAGCAAUCGGAGCCAAUAGUGGAAAAUCCGCCUACGGAGAAAACAGUGGAAGAAUUCGCAUCGGAAGCAGUGCCUCCUGUUUUGCUAGAUAACGACUUAAUGGAUAUAGACAUGCCGGAACUGGAAGCCAUGCCAGUUGUGGCCGAUGAACAACUAAUAUUGGAAUUGGAAGCCAUGUUGGACGAACCAGUAUCGACUCAAGCAGAAGAAAUGCAAAGGGUGGUAUCUAUAGGGCCAGGAAAACCAUUGAAAAAUGCUAAGAAACCAAGAAAGAAACCGGCCAAACCGAAACCGAAAAAAAAAGAAUUGGAGACCAACAAGGCAGUCGAAAUGUCAACUAAUCAAGCCAAUCAGAUUGAUAUACCGACUUAUCCAGUUGGUUUAACUAGUCCAACUGUUCUAGCAACCAAUCAAAGUGAAAUGCCAACUAAUACUCUUGCAAGUGAUACAAUUUACAAUUCAACUAACCCUAUUCAUACAGGUCUAGAGAACUAUACCCAGACUUUUAGUGCACCUGGCAAACCAAUUAUAUCAGUCGGGAAACAAAUAAGACCAAAAAAUACGAGGACCAAAAAAGAACCCAUUAGGAGAACAUUGAAGGCGCCCGCAAAGCCCAGUAUCGCCAAAUUAUUGAGGGACGCUGCCAAGAAGGCAAAUGCGGAACCCAAAAUGCCGAGAAAGUCUAAGGCAACUAAGGUACCUGUAAAUCCAAGUACCUUCAAUGCAGAUGUCUCUCAGUCAAGCGUUUACCAGAAUCUAGAAACUGAGAGUAGGCAAAGCGAGGAACCAAAUAAAAAGGUAACUGCCAGGAAAACUAAUGCCAAGGUCCCUAUUAAAUGUAAUGUGGAGGAAGUUGUGGAGCCCACGAAGCCAACAGAGGAAAUAAAACCUGUUGAAACGGCUUUAAAAACACCACCAAUACCACCACGUGUGCAAUCGAUUGGAAAAGUGAUAAAGCCUAGGGCUCCUAGGCGAAAAAAGGCCACUAAAACCGAUACCAUUGGGGACACCUUGGCAGAAGAACCUCCCGAAGCAGGAACUAAAACGGAACUUCCUAAGUGCAAAGCCAAGGCAAAACCUAGGGCCCCUAAAGUACCUAAAAUACCUAAAACUCCUAAGACAACCGCGAAAAACCAACCAAAAAAGAACCAACCGAUGCAGCCUGUUCCAUUGAAAGCACCCAUUGAAGCGCCUACUGAGGUAAUUCCACAAGUGGCCCCAAUUGCACCUGUACCACCAACACGUCAUAUGAAACCCAUGCCGCCAAUCGCACCCACUGGCCCACGAUUCCCCGUUGCCCAAAAACCCGGGCACUACAUUCCGAGUCGCAGGACAGCGAAGUCGCGGGGCAAGAAUCUCAGCGCACUGCCUUGCUCAAGUGCUGCCAGUGUGAGGAACACUCCAAGGGUGCCGACCAGGGGUAAGAACAUAAAUAACAUCAUGGCGAUGGAGAGAGCUAUGAACACUACGCGUCAGCUAGAACAACCAGAACAACCUGAACAACAAGAAAAACCAAAACAACCAGAACAAGCAGACCAACCAGAAAAACCACGUCAAGGGCCAGUACGUUUCAUUGCGAUUUUGGAUGGCUCGAUCACGCGCUUGCGAGAGCGCCCCAUGUCAAGAUCCGUAUCCCCAAACGAUAUGAACCAUCGACUACCUUCCUUGCCCUCAAGCUUGUCUUCCAGUCCAUCCUUGUCGCCUUUUGUAUCAUCCAGCCCGAACUGUGGAUUUUUGGGAUUAGGGUCUUGUUCCAGAUCAACAUCUUCCUCGUCUUUUACUUCGGCAGACAAAUUACUGUUGGGUAUAGAAUCUCCGCCUCGCAACGAUUCGCCAUCGCAGUUAAAUGCCUCUGACGGACAGCCAUCUCAUCUGGAGUCGUUACCAUCGACAUCGGCAUCGGCAUCGCCCUUCAAGACUUUUCCGGAUUUCGAAGAGCAUCUGAGAGCUCUGGGUUCGGCGCACAUUCCCGUAGUUUCGCCGAUUCCCUGGAGACCAUUUGAUGAUGUGGAGUACACCUUGCCAUUCCCGGGCUUGUCCAAGUCAUCGAGUUCCUCGUCCUCGUCAUCCUCAUCCUCAUCCUCCUCGUCAUCGACAUCGACUUCAUCGUCCUCAUCAUCAUCGUCCUCAUCAUCGUCCUCAUCAUCAUCAUCAUCUUCAUCAUCGUCAUCGUCCUUUUCGUCAUCGUCCUCAUCGUCGUCAUCAGAUUCGUCGUCGGAGAGCGAUGAUUCCGACAGCGAUGGUGAUGAAGAUCACGAGAUGAAUCGCAAAACUAAUUCCCAGUCAUAUGAACAAGAUGCCGUCCAUGCUAUACAACACGCAACGGAAACGGAUUUGCAAAGCGGCUUCACUGCUCAAUGCGAUUUACCAAACAUUCCAUCGAAUCUGACGGCCGAGGGGCAAUUACUUGUUCAGAAGCCAUUUCAAGAGCCCACGGCAAUCAAACCAAUUGUGGAGAAAAUAAACAAUGAAAGAGGCUUAAAGCGCUGCAGUCCUGAAUAUUCGGAACCAGUUGAGGUACUCUGUUAUCCGAAAAUUUCUAAGCCAGAAGUGGCACCAGAAAAUCAUAUUGCGGAUAAAACAACAUAUGUUCUAACAUAUGGAUCGAAUAUAUCACCAAGUAAUCCUAAAAUUGAGGAAACAAAUGUUCUGAGCAGACUUAUAGCUAAACAACCUGAUGCCCAAUUGCUCAAUGAGAAGCCUUUCGAUAUACGUGAAUCUAAUGUUUCUGUACCAGUAUAUUCCAACUUAAUUAUAGAAACAGAUGUGAUACGUCCAAUAUCGCCGAGUCCUUGGAGCCCAAUUGAUGAUUUGGAUAUACUUAAUUCAAUUAAGCCAGAUGUAAAAUACCGUGAAUCUAAAGUUUCUAUAUCGGUAUUUAUGAACCUUAUCAAAGAAACAGAAAUGAUACGCGCAAUAUCGCCGAUUCCUUGGAGCCCAAUUGAUGAUUUGGAGGAAUCCCAGUCAAUCAAGCCAGAUGUGAAAUCCUGUGAAUCUGAAGUUUCUCUACCGGUAAAUUCGAACCUAAUUGAAGAAACAGAUAUGAUGCCCGUAAUGUCACCGAUUUCUUGGAGCCCCAUUGAUGAUCUUGAAACUUCUGAACCAGAUGCGGAACCAAUUGACGAUAUGGAGUAUCUUGAAACUUCUGAACCAGAUGCAGAACCAAUUGAUGAUAUGGAGUAUCCUGAAACUUCGGAACCAGAAGCGGAACCAAUUGAUGAUUUGGAAUAUAUGCGAGCACCAGUCUUAUCGGAGUCAUCGAGUUCCGCAUCCUCGCCGUCCUUGUCAAAGAGCGAUCCUGUAAACUCAGAACUAGUUUUAAAGCCCUUUUCUCCUACAAUUUCUAAACCACAUUUGAAUCCCCUAAAUCCUGAAAUUUCCGAACCUGAUUUGGAUCCCUGUAGUCCUAAAACCUUGGAACUAGAUAUGAAACCCUGUUAUCCUAAGACUUCCGAAUCAGAUGCGGAACCUGGCAGUCCUAAACUUUUUGAACCAGAAUUGACCCCUUGUAAUCCUAUAACUCUUGAACCAGAAGCACUUAAUAGCAGAGUUUCUGAACCAAAUGUAAAUCCAAGUAUUUCAAAAGUUUUCGAGGCAGCAGAUUUUAAAAUCUCUACGCCUUGUAAUUCCAUGAUUGGCACACCAGAAGGUAAUGCAAGUAAUAGUAACAUUCCCGAAUCGAAUGCUUCAAACUUUCUGACAGCUAAGCAAUGUGAUACACAAAUUAAUGGGAACUGCUUUGCGGAUCCCAAGUCAAUGAAUACUUCUCAAAAAUCAAUAUUUUCGCCACCGGAGGAUUCAAAAUUGGGUAUGAAACCAGAUUUAAUACCGAGUAAUCCAAAAACUUGUGAACCAGAUUUAAAACCCUGCGAUCCUAAACCUACUGAACCACAUGCGAAACUAUUUAGCCCUCAACUUUUUGAACCAAAUGUGAAGUCUUGUAAUCUUAAAACUGAUGAACCAAAUGAUAAGCCACCUAUGACCAACAUUUCUGAACCCGAUAUGAAACUCUUAAGCUCAAGUAAUUCAAAUGUUUCUGAAGUAGCAGAUAUGAAUCCCUAUAGUUCAAACACCUCUAAUCCAGAUGAGAAACCCUGUAAUUCCGAAACAUCCAAACCAGAAGUAAAUUCCUGUAAUCCGGAAAUUUCUAAGCCAGAUGUGAAACCGCGGAAACCCAAAACUUCUAAAUCAGAAGCGAAAUCGCGCAAACCUAAGAGUUCGAAGUCGGGAAAGCGAAAGGGCUCGACACUAGUAGAUGAAGCAGCCAAGCCGAAAACCCCGAAACCGAUUAAUGAAACGAAGAACGUAGAUCCGAAGUUUCAGGCUUUGCUUCAGUAUAAGAUUCCCAAGCUGGGUGCUAAGAUACCAGAUCCAAGGUCGGAGACAAUGGAACCUUCCCAAGCAGGCACUCCGAUUAAAGAAAUCGAGGGACUUCAAGUGAAUAAUUCGGAGACAAUCAAGUCUGCUGAAGCGGAGACUCCAACGAAAAUUAUUGAACAAGAAGUGAACCAAGCCGUUAAGUCUGAUGGGAGGCAAAUUAAUCAUAUUUCAGAAUCAAAUAUUCAAGGUAAUCCGAUAAGAACUAGUCUGCCUUUUGAAACCGACCAUCGGCUGAAAAGUUUUCAGAACUUUCAGUACCAGACAAUGAAGAACUCGUAUACUAACCAGGCUUUUCAAGCCUAUCAAGCCUACCAUCCGAUGAAAAGUUUUCAACCCUACCAGGCGGCCUAUCCCAUAAGGGGUGCUCAUGGUUUUCAUUCGGUCUAUCCAAUGCACCGCAUUCCAUCCUUUGGCAUGAUGCAUUCGAUGAGAUGUAUUCAUCCCACUCGCAUGGUCUAUCCGAUGCGGAAUAUCAACCCUUUUCCGAUGAGAAGUAAUUUGCCACCGAUUCCUUUGCUCCGCUUUCAGCCUUUUCCAACAGCCCAUUACCCAAUGAAAGUUAUCCAGACUCGCCCAACUUAUUACCCAACGGCAAGUGUUGGGUAUUCACAAAGGGUUCGUCCAUUGAAUAAUAUGGAACGGACUAAGCCAUCAACUCCGGGGAACAAUUUACAGACUAUCGAUCUUAUUAUUGGCAGAGCCUUUGAGGGCCGCAAGUACAGGGCCCUCAAGGAACUCAGGGAGCGAACCAAUUUGCCGAAGAAGUGUUUGCGCAGGGCUCUCAAGCGAAUCGGCAAGAUCAAACGCUCCAAGUGGCGCAUCAGCAAGUUUUAUCUGCAGACCUACGAAAGGGAGUUGAGUGGUCUGCCUGCACCCAAGGAAUUCAAGCCGCUGGUCCUGAGUAAUGCAUAUCGCAAGGUGAUCAAAAACUUUGACGGCUGCAAGUUUCAACGCAUUGAGGCUUUGGUCGAGAAAACUGGUCUUCGCAAAGCCAAAAUAAAACGAGUCAUGAAGAUGAUCGGGCGCAAGCGAUCCACCAAGUGGCGUCUGGUCAACUACAAGAAACCCCUCAUACACUUACACCGGGGACACAAGAAAUCCAAAUAGGCUUCAUAGCUAUCUACCUGGUCUUAAUAUCUAGCCUGUGUUCAAUAUUACUCC